GGUCUAGUAACAUUUAAAAAUACAUUUGGACAAGUACAUGGAUAGGAAAGGUUUAGUGGAAUAUGGGCCAAAUUUGGGCAGAUGAGGCUCACGUUGAUGGGGCAUCUGGGUCGGCAAGUUGCGCCAAAGGGUCUGUUUCAGUGCUGAAUGACUCCAGUGCAAAGCAAAAGCCUUGAGUCCUAGUGCACCAACUGUUUGAAGUUUGCUGUGUGUUGUGCUUAGUAGCCGGAUGGUUGUAGUGAAGGAGCUGUUCCUGAAGCUGGAGGUCACGGUUUUCAGGCUCCUGUACCGUCUUCCCCAUGGUAGGAUUGAACUGGGAGCGUGGCCAGGUGGUGUGUGUCUCUGAUGACCAUUUUGUUUGGAUCCGUGAGAUGAAUUUGGGUCCAUUUGUUCAGUUUAGUUUAUUGUCACGUGUACCGAGGUGCAGUGAAAAGCUUUUGUUGCGUGCUAUCCAGUCAGCGGAAAGACAAUACAUGAUCACAACCAAACCAUUUACAGUGUAUAGGUAGUUUAAGAAGAUCAUAGUUCAAGUAAGAAAUGUUGCUGCGGGAGUGGAGAUUUAAGAGUGUGGAGCGAUUGUAAGAUGAGUUUGUAGAUCUGCUUCUGUGGUUAGCACGCAAAUAGUCGCCUGAGUGGGACACCAUCUUGGAAGAAGUGCCUGAUUACUCCAAAUGCCACGUAUUAGUAUUGAGUGAGCACUCCUGUCUUUUCCUCGCAUUAUUAGUACUAUGUUAGUUCACUACUCACAGCAGCAUUUGAAAGUUUCAAGACAUGUUGUUUUAAACACGUGAUUCCGAUAUCAAGAUUGGAAUCCUUGUGCCAGGGAAUAUUUCAACAACCUUUUUGUUUUUUUCUGAGCUGGAUGUCAUGUUAUUAAAGAUGGGAUAGCAGCACAUUUGGAAAGUGAUGAAAUCAUUGGACAAAGACAGCAUGGAUUUAUGAAAGGUAAAUCAUGUCUGACGAAUUUUAUAGAAUUUUUCGAGGAUGUAACUAGUAGAGUGGAUAAGGGAGAACCAGUGGAUGUGUUAUAUCUGGACUUGAAAUAUCAAGGUUGCUUGGCCAGAGGAAGGGUGUCAUCAAUUUUGGAAAGGGUGAAGAAGAGGUUCACCAAGACGUUACCUGGACUUGCAGGCCUAGAUUAUAGCGAGAGGCUGAAUAGGCAAUGAUGCCUCCUUUGGAGUGCAGGAGACUGAGGGGGACAUAAAUGAAGUGGACAUAAUCAUGAGAGGCGUAGGUAAAGUGACCAUUAAUUCUUUCAUUCUUGACCCUUUGAGCGCAUUAUUUGAAGUGUAAUGUUUAAUUGCACCAUCACAAGUCUAGUUUAGUUUAGAGAUACAGCGUGGAAACAGGCCCUUCAGCCCACAAAGCCUACGCAGACCAGCAACCCCCAUCCACUAGUUCUAUUGUACACGCAAGGGACAGUUUACAGAAGCCAAUUGACAGUUAUCUAUCAUCUUGCACUUCUGCCAAUAAGAAUUUCAUUGUUUCAUUGUCAGUACAGGUACCAAUAACACGUAUUGGGGGAGGUAGAUUAGUUUAGUUUAGACAUACAGCACGGAAACAGGCGCCUUCGGUCCAGCGCAUCUGCACCAACCAGUGACCCCCACAUACUAGGGACAAUUUACAUCUAGCCAAUUAACCUACAAACCCGUACAUGUUUGUAACAUGGGAAGAAACCGGAGCACCCGGAGAAAACCCACACAGUCACGGGGAGAAGGUACACACUCCGUUCAGACAGGACCCGUAGUCAGGAUGGAAUCUGGGUCUCUGGCGCUGUGAGGCAGCAUCUCUUCCAUUGUACCGCCCCUUACUUACUUAGUUGUUGUGUUUAAUUCCAGGAGCUGUUCAAGAUGGUUGUCCCAGAUGACUGCCUGGGCGGCGUCUGGUCGAAACGGGACAAGAAGGGGAACGAACACCUCGCACCCACCGUCCGGGCCACCAUCACUCAGUUCAACACCGUCACCAAUUGCGUCGUCGGCACCAUACUGAGGGACCUGCAGCUGAAGCCCCAGCAACGAGGCAAAAUCAUGGAGAAGUGGAUCGACAUUGCCGAGGAAUGCAGGAUGAUGAGGAAUUUCUCCUCGCUCCAGGCUAUUGUAUCAGCCUUGCAGUCAAUCUCCAUCUACAGGCUGAAGAGGACCUGGGACACUGUUUCAAAGGAUUGUAUGUUGAUGUUUGAAGAACUUUCACAAAUCUUCUCCUAUGAGAACAACAAAGUGAGGAGUCGGGAGUUGCUAAAGAAGGGAGUGAUGCAAGGCACCGUGCCAUUUCUGGGAACAUUCCUGACUGACUUGAUGAUGCUGGACACCGCAUUCCCUGAUUAUGUCGAUGGCUUGACCAACUUAGUGAAAAGACAACGGGAGUUUGAGGUUUUAUCCCAAAUUAAGCUGUUGCAGUCUUCCUGUAACAUAUACUGCAUCAGCCCCGUUGAAAGUUUUCUCCAGUGGUUCCGAGGUCAACAGCAUUUAACGGAGGAUGAAAGCUACAACAUAUCGCUUGAAAUGGAACCACGCAUCGAUAAAAGUCUGACAUCAGCAAAGCCCAGGAAGAGCACGGUGAAGCAUCACAGUCUUACUCCCACCUGUCUCCGAACUGUACCGACUGCAGAUUGCUCUGGGCCCACAUCUACAAAGCCCAGGAAGAGCAUGAUGAAGCGUCUCAGUCUGCUCUUUCUAGGGUCGGAGGUUAACAGGAGCAGCACUCCCAAGAACAGCGACCAGCCCAAGUCCCCGCCCAGCAACAGCUCUGGGGAGAACAUGAACUCCAUCAGCUUUUGUUCAUCCAACCACAACAUCAAAGCCACCUGCACAACGACAACCGACACGGCCACCAACAUGCCCGCUGACAUGCCCGCCGACACGGCCACCAACAUGCCCGCCGACACGGCCACCAACAUGCCCGCCGACAUGCCGGCCGCGCCGACACGGCCGAUCCGAUGA